CUUGGUCGCCGACUUGACUGUGUUUCCGACAAAGCCAGGGACUCGACCAUGCCCUCGGAGAAUUACACAGACGACCAUGUGGCGGAGCUGCUGAAAAAGGAUGCGAAAGCGAGCUCCGCGAGGUAUGCGGCGGUAGGGCUUCAGGCUUAUUUGCCCAAGAGACCUACCGGUGCAGCUCCGAAGCCAAACACCCGCUUUCUCAGAAACAUUCUCCGCGAGACCGAUACCCAUAAUCAGGCACUGCUGGCCAAGGAAGCGGAGGAGUCAAGAGCUAGACUUAAAGCGUUGCGGGACAAACGCAGAGAGUACGGCGUUGAGGGCGAGCAGUCACGGUCCAAAGACGGCCAUGGCGCUGUGGAGCACCGUCACAGAGACAGAGACGAGCGACCGGCGAAGCGACGCCGGACGGACGACGGUGACGCGUACUCCGACGGUGAUCACACAAGACGACACGACGAUGGGCACAGAUCCCGACGGUCAAGGCGCGAUAGGUCGGAGGACCGAAGCGAGCGGAAAGAGAAACGCAGUCGUCGCGAGUACGGCAGUGACGACGAUCGUGAGGACUAUCGGUCACGGCAUUCCAGUCACCGGCAUAGAAGUCACAGACAUCGAGACAGGGGCGAAUCAGAAGAUCGCAGCAGGGACAGACGACACGCUUCGAGCCGCAAACACAGGCAUAGGUCUCGCUCGCCAGAUGAGAGUCCAGAGCGACGCCAUACGUCGAGCCGCAAGCAUCGUGAUAGGAGUCUGUCAGAGGAUGGAGACAGAGACCGCCAUGGUUCACGCCACAGGCAUCGGCGCCGGAGAUCUCCCUCCUCUGGCAGGUCACGCAGCGUGUCCAAGGAUCGCCGCAGAUCUCGUCGUGAGAAGCAGUCGCCAUCUGCAUCAACCGCUGAUGCCGGAAACAGCAAAGACGGCAGCCGCAAAGGUAUGACAACGAAGAGAGACCCGCCAAGGCGUAGGUCGCUAUCACCCGCCUCGGAUUCGGACCCUCUGGAAGCAAUCAUCGGGCCAGCUCCACCUCCACCAGCGCCCAAGGUCCGAGGCCGCGGCCGCGGUGCCUUUACAUCUUCAUCUGCCAUGGAUGCGCACUUCGCCGACAACUACGAUCCGUCGCAGGACAUCCAUCCCGGUUCCGACGUGGAAGACGACUGGGACCAGGCGCUUGAAGCUCUGCGCGAUCGCCAGCGCUGGAAGCAGCAGGGCGCGGAAAGGCUAAAGGCAGCCGGCUUCACGGAAGAGGAAGUGAAGCGUUGGGAGAAGGGUGGAGAGAAGACCGAAGAAGACGUGCGUUGGAGGAAGAAGGGCGAGGGCAGGGAGUGGGAUAGAGGCAAGGUCGUGGAUGCGGACGGACAUGUGGACGUCGGCGCUGACUGGGGCAGGCUGAAGGGCACUUGACAGGCAGUGCUGUUAAGCGUAUGUAGUAAUAAUUCAUGGCAAGCAAUGUUAUUGCUCGAAGCUCUGGAUGUUUAUACCUAGC